UCAAUGGAGUGAGGUCAGCCGUGCUUGAUUUUGCGGCAUCGGUACCAUUUCUUGUGAUUGUGUACUAGUUUUACAAUCGUUGAAUGAGGCUCGCUGAGAAAGCAACCCCCAAAUCUUUGGAUUUUACAAGAUCUGUUGAAUAAUUGUGUCGUAGUUCGCGGAGGAAAGUGAAGAAAUCAGACUGUUCUGUGGUGACGCCCGUUGACUUGCGGACAAAAUGGGGUGUGCGGUGAGCAGCGAAGAUAAGCUAGCACAAGUGCGUUCAAAACAGAUAGACAAAGCAUUGCGGGCAGAUGGUGAAAAAGCAGCACGAGAAGUUAAACUUUUACUUUUGGGUGCUGGAGAAUCUGGGAAAAGUACAAUUGUUAAACAAAUGAAAAUUAUCCAUGAAAAGGGUUACUCACAAGAAGAAUGUUUGCAGUAUAAACCUGUGGUGUACAGCAAUGCUGUUCAAAGCAUGAUUGCCAUUAUCAGGGCCAUGGGACAGCUUCACAUCGAUUUUGGGCACCCUGACAGAGCGGAGGAUGCUCGGCAACUGUUUGCUCUGGCAGGUAAUGCAGAUGAAGGAGAAAUGUCCCCGGAACUGGCAGCUGUGAUGAAGCGCUUGUGGAAAGACUCUGGGGUCCAGGAGUGUUUCAGCCGAGCACGGGAGUAUCAGCUUAAUGAUUCAGCCGAGUACUACCUGAACUCGCUGGACAGGAUAUCCACAGCAGACUACAUCCCUACAGAACAAGAUGUGUUGAGAACAAGAGUGAAAACUACAGGAAUUGUGGAGACUCACUUCACCUUCAAAGAUCUUCACUUCAAAAUGUUUGAUGUGGGUGGACAGAGAUCAGAGAGGAAGAAGUGGAUCCAUUGCUUUGAGGGAGUCACAGCCAUCAUCUUUAUUGUGGCCAUGAGUGAAUAUGAUUUGACGCUAGCGGAGGACCAAGAGAUGAACCGUAUGAUGGAGAGUAUGAAGUUGUUUGACUCCAUUUGUAACAACAAGUGGUUCACAGAUACCUCCAUUAUCCUCUUCCUCAACAAGAAGGACUUGUUUGAAGACAAAAUCAAGAAGUCACCUCUGACAAUUUGUUUCCAAGAAUUCACAGGGGCCAAUACGUUUGAGGAAGCUGCCGCUUAUAUCCAAGUGCAGUUUGAAAACUUGAAUAAGAAGAAAGAUACCAAAGAAAUCUACACUCAUUUCACAUGUGCCACAGACACAAACAAUGUUCAGUUUGUGUUUGAUGCUGUCACAGAUGUCAUUAUCAAGAACAACCUCAAAGACUGUGGCCUUUUUUAAUGUGUGAAAGUUUCAUAUGUAUUAUACAAGGACGUUUCCAGAUGGAGAUGAAAUUGUAGGCAUGUACUAGUGAAGUGGCACAUGGAUGGAAUCUUCUCUCAUCACAUGCUUCUGGGUUCACGUGUGCAAGAUAAAGUUUUUAUUGCGAGAUUGGCAGCAUUUUGCUAGUCUCCGGCAUUUGGCUUGAUUGUACAUUGAUGAGAUGUGCACGACAGAUCCCAAAAUUGAAGAAAGAGGCCGUAGCUGCGAAUUAUAAAGCAUAAAUAUUGUUUUAACUCAUGGCAGCCAUAGCCAAGUCAAAAUCUCACAGAACUGAUACGUCCUAUCAGGAAUUUGUGAGUGUUUUGGUUUUUAAUAGUUUCCAUUGUAUACACACAGCUUAAAUGCAAUAUUGCCACUUGUAUGUACAAUUUAUCUACACAUGAUGGAUGUAUUUUGUUAAAUUUGUUUUUCCAAGAAAUUUGAACAAAAGAACUUGAAAUCAAAAAAUUUACUUCUUGAUUUUAAACUGGUGAUAGAUCAACAAGCAAAACAAAAGUGCAUGUGGUAUCUCAGUCACAAAAGAUGUAUGAGAAAUUUUUCCUUAAUAUCAUUGUGUCUUUUUUUUCAUGUUGAUUGUCUUCAUGUUCUUAUCACUUUGUAUGAAUAACACAGCCUUGCUACACAUUAAUCUUAUACAGUUUGGGCCAAUUAAAUGUUUUGAUAAUGAAUAUUCAUGGGUGCAGAACGCUAAGUCAUAAUUCCUCAAAUGUAUGAGUACAUAGUUAGAUUUUUGUGAAUAAUAGUGAUUAGUUGUUCCAACUGUUUUCUGAUGACAAGCAAAACAGCAUUUUCAGGAUGUUUGUUUGGAGGAUAUUUUGAUUCUUUUGUGUCAGUACUGAAUGAAAGACCAUCAAGGUGCAGGAUGUUUUUAAUCAAAAUUACAAAUGUGGCUAGCAUAGUACCAAAUGAUGUAUUUUUGAAAAAAAAAAAAGGAGCUCGACGUCUGAGGGCCAACUUGAUUUUGAGUACCAGUAUAUGUGUCUGUGGGCAAUGUAUUGUCCUUAAUGUACUGUUUUGUUUGUUUUUUUUUUCUUAAAAUUUUAGCGUUUUAAUAUGUUUCUUUGAAGGACCAACGAGAAACAUUUCCCUGAGAUUCAUGCGUAUGGAAUUGUCAUGUAAAUACUUAUAUAUACAUAUAUAUAUUAUACUACUGAAGUAGUACAAUAUCCCAGUUCAUCACACCUCUAUCAGUUGUAAAACUUAAUUGUGGAAAAAUAGAUUUUUAUUCAGCUUUGCCUUUACCAAGGUAGUCCAAAAUAUUCAAAUGAAACAUAUGCCUUAGAUUUUUGUCCACUGAAAUGGUGAAGCAGCAUUUAUUCUCUAGAGAUGACUACACUAAAAAAAUUAUUUGCAUGUUGGAUGUUGCCAAUUAUCCAUAUUACAUCAGUAAAAUAUCAGGGAAAAGAAUUUUGCUGAAAAUUUAAUGUUAUAUUUUCACGAGAUCUGUGCUCAGAAGUCGUGAAAAUGUUAGGCAAGGCAGAAUUUGUGUUGAUAUAAGGAACACAAAGUUGGCAUCCACCAGAUGUAUGGAACAAUGUUCUGGUCACCAUCAAAUUUUCCAUCAUGCUGCCUGCAAAAAAUGUUUUUUUUCUGUACAAAUGUCAUCAUGAGGCUCCUUUUAUCCUUACAAUUUUAACUUAUU